UCUCCCUCCUGCAUUCUUCACGUUCCAUGGUUCAUGCCCUUACUCAAUUCUUCCGUUGCGCUUCCCUCCCCACAUUCUUUGAUUAAGCUUAUCGGUUGCAUCCACCACCAUUCCUCUCUAUAGGUAGGUGGGUGGAUGCCUGGAUCGGUCUCUCAUCUCGAGUAAACGCUUCAGUCACCGUCGCCAUCAUGGGAGGAUCGUCGCCUCCAUUCCUUUAUGGCAGUUCGUCUGCCUACAACUUCUAUGGCCCAACAGAUCGUCCAUUCAACCCAAAGGCUGUGACCCAGGCGAGCUGGACUCGACCACAGCCGAAGCCCAAGCCCAAGGGUCCUCUGGUCAAUUUCAAUAGACAUCCAGACUCUUAUUCGAACAUCCCCAAUGGCAAGUCUCGUUGGACUCCAAUGCACCCAAGAACGAAGAGUAGUGUGAUCCACGGUCGACAGGUCCAGCUUGGACUGCGCAUUCUGGCUCUCCUGGGGGCUCUUGGGUCUCUUUUCUGCGCCAUUGUUAUCAAGAACGUGGCGGUAACCAUGGUCUGGAUUGUUCGCGUUGCACCUGCGAUUGCAAUCCUCCACACUCUUUACAGUAUCUACCACCUUUGUCGGUCGCCCAUCGCAAGGCCCCCUGGUUCGCAAGCAAGCUAUAUGCUGUUUGCUGCUAUCCUCGACUUCUGUCUGAUACCGUUCUACGUUUUUACCGCAUACCUGGCAUACCUACAGUAUACGCGUAACGUGUACCACUGGGGCACGAUUUUGAGCUCCGAUGGCGAGAUGACAACGAAGAUCGCGCAGACUACUUUUAUCCUUAGUGUGGCCAACGGUGGAUUUCAUUUGAUAUCCUUCGGGAUUUCCGUCUUCCUCGGCAUCGUCUUCAAAAAAAUUACGCAGCUACCACCAGAUCUGAACCCGCUGGAGGACAACCUGACCGCCCGCCCACACAAGCGAACCAAGUCUGAGCUGAUCGAAAAGCAUGCCAGUCAGUCCACUUUAGACUCUGCGAUGUCGGAAGACCCGUUGAUCGGGUCCCCUCGUAUGAUGGCAUUCAUGCACACCCGCAACAAUUCUUCUGUGGACAUGCCUGGGUUUGGAGGGGACUACCAACGCUCCCCGGGUUCGUCGCCAAAUCGCUGGUCACCAAUGCGGUCUCGCAUCCCGGAGAUGCCGUAUACUUCGGUGGGACUUCACGAAGACGAGCAUAUGGAUCCCCUGCCGGAGGAAACCCAUGAUAUCUUCACGAGGCCAACAUCAAGUGUUCCCCGAGGCGCUCCGGUGCGAGAACCCUCCCCGAACCUCCCAAACCGUUCUCAGUGUGCAAGUCCGGAAUCUGCAAAUUGGGUUGCUUUCCCUUCGCGGUCGGGCUCAGUCCAGACCGACUCUCAAAACGGCAAUCAGGCCCGUCGUGAGCCAUCUUCCGCGUACAGUCGCUCUGUCACGCCUGGAUCCACCAUCGCAGGCGCAAUUGACUGGAUCAGUUCGGCUCAGCGCAAUGGCUGGAAUAUCAGUGACAUACUUCGAGAGGACGUCCGAGGCGAGUACGAUUCGGUUCCGGCCAAAGAACAUUACGGACAGGAAGACGCGGACGGCCUGGACAAGGCACCCAGAAACAAAGGAUACUACGAUGACGAUCAUGCGGAGCAGGAUAUUGGAGACAACCACAUCCACAUUUUCCCGGACCCCGAAGAACAUGACGACCAAGAUGCAUCUGAUACUCUCCACGUCAACCCCCUGGCUUUGAAUCCACCCACUCCGCAGCCCGUUCAGGACAACGUCGACCCCACCCCAGAGCAGUCCACGCCGAUGAAGCGCAUGGCUCUAACCGACAUUCCAAACCUCGCGCCGACCCCCCCAAGCGCCCGCGUACCCCCCAUCGACAGCCCGCUGAAGAACGGCCGGUUCUACCACGAAGUCGAAGAAAGCCUAGGAUUCGGCGUCCCCCGCAAUAUCAGCCUGGAAUUGGAACAGGGGCAGACCCUCGGCCGCAAGAAAACCUCCAAGUUGAUGAAACGUCAGAGCCAAAAGAACGCCUACGGCGCUCUCAAGCAACACGAUCCCGAAGAUGACGGCCCCGCCUCGGCACCCAUUGUCGACAGCGAUCGCAAGGGUCGCGUUGUCAGCAACUCUGGAGCCGAUCUCGGCCGCGGUAUAGGCGGCGGCGCAGCACUGUCGUAUGGAAACUACAUCGCCGGUCUGGGGGUCGGUCGACGACGCGACGUGAGCGGCAAGAUUGCCGAAGAAGGGCGCAGUCGUCCGGAUCCACCACCGGCUGAACAGCAGAGCCCAACCCGCGCUGCUGGAUGGGCGCGGUUCGCUGGGUUGUAACCUGUCUAUGAACCAUUUUAGAAUGUCAUGAUAUUGAACAAGAGGACGGUAAAAAACACCAAAAGAAAAAAAAAACAAGGGAAAAAAACAGCGAAUGGAGAAAACAAAGACAACAAUUUUCUACCCUUUCUACGAAUCAUGUGAAAUGGGUUAUCGAUCGACUGCGCUAUGAUGGACGGAUGGACUGCUUGGAUGGAUUUGUAUCGACCUAAGGUCUAAUUUGAUGAAUGUUUCAUAUUCCCCUGUUCUGUUCUAUGUAGUUAGUACCACUCUCG